AUGGUGGGCGACUCUGUGUCUCAACUUUCCGCAGUAGUGCAUGCACUGCGCUUAGUGGCCUGCCCUACAGCUUCUGACAGCCGCAAAGAUCUUGCAAAGCAGGAGUUGCUGCGGCGAGUGGAACUGUUGUUGCUAUUGCGGCAACAGCAGCAAUGUCAAGAGUGGCGACUCCAGCAGCAGCUGCAGCCGGUGCAAUUUCCGCCUCAGCAAGAACACCAAAAUCUGGAUUGGGAGUGCCAGUGGGAAGAAGAGGCAACCACAGAAGCUGAGGUGCUCCUGCAGCUGGAGGAAGCGCUGAUUCAGCUAUGCUGCCAGCAGCCUCCUGCUGCCCUGCAGCAGCAGCUGCUGCGUCUGCUGCUGUUGCGUGUGUCUCUUUCUGGCGAUCCAGGGGUGUGGCUCCGAGUUGCUGCGCGGCUUCUCUUGGCAGCAAGCGAGGGGCUGUCUUUGCCUCCUCCCAUUCUGGCGUUUCUUUGGACAGCAGCUGCAGCUCCUGGUGCUGCCUCUGCUGAGAAGGCAGAAGCAAUUUCCCCCUUUCCUCCGCUGUUGCUAUGUGCGGAGCUGAUGAACGCAGGCCCUCAUGUGCUUUCUCCCUUGCUGCCUGCUCUUGCGGCUUGUGGAGCCAAGCUAGUGCAAUCACCCGCAACACCAGAGGCAACAACGGUAGCAGCGGUUGCUAAAGCGCUGCGCACUGCAGUUGCCGCAAUAGGGGUUUGCGGAGAGAGGCUUUCAGGGAAGCUGCUCAAAGUCGCGCUGGCAUGCCUUCGCUGGAGCACGACCAAGAGUGUCAGUCAAGCCAGCUGCAGCCACAGCAAGAGUAGUCUCAGCAGCAACGCGGGCAGCGAAACUGCAGGAGAAGCAGCGAAAGAGGCCUUGCUGAUGCUACAGCAAGUUGUGUGGGUAUCCCCACGGAGUGUUACUCAGCCCCUUUGGAAUUCGCUGUUUGAUGCGGUGCUUGCUGCUGCGGUGCCUGAGCCUUUGGCGGCUGCGAGGGAGGCAGCGGCUCUGGAGUCAGCACAGGAAAACGUGCCGCAUGCAGCAGCUGCAUUGGCAGUCCUCCUUGCUGCAAAGUCUGUUACAGGGGCGAAGCAGCACAGGGGGCACCAUAAAAGCAAGCACUCCCAGCAACAGCACCGCGCAGCCACACAAUUCCAAGAGGCGUGUGAAGCAACAGCAGAAACACGAUCAUUCGAAAAAAAAGCCAACGACAUGGCAGCGCCUCCCGCAGAUAGCUGGUUCACUGACGCCAAUCGUGCCGGAGGCUUUGGUGCUGAUCCUGUUAGGCGUUCCCUCCUCUCUGAAGUGGCGACCCCACAAGACGCCUUUCUCUUUCUGCGGAGACACUGGCUGUUGCAACAUGCGACUAUAGCAGACCCUAAGAAGAGUUAUGCGGGAUGUGCAGUGCCGGAGUUUUUCCCCGUGUUUCUGCCAGCAACGACACACCUGCAGCAUGGGCAAGAGUUUCCUCUGAAGAUGCGGCAGCGGGGUGUUUUGCGUCAAAUAUUUGCUUCUGCAGUGGUCUGCCUCUGCCGCUUGCUAAUGGGGUGCCAGCCUCCCUUCACGCUUGUUUUCAGCGCCUUUCGCUGUCUCUUGACCCUACUCACUCAAGUUGCAGCAGCAGAAUCUCGCUGCAGCUCGUGCAGCAGCGGCGAUAAACGAGGAAGAGCUGGCAAUUCCCUGCAGCCACCACGCUUGAGAUCCUGCAAGUGCUGCUGCAACUGCGGUAGUGACCGCUGCCUCACCCCUUGUGUCUCUUUGGAAACACUGCACUCGCGCGCGCUCGCGUCGCAUGCAGCGCAGCAGCUUGUGGCACUGCUACAGCCACAGCACCUGCUGCAUAUGAUGCAGCACCUCAGUAGGCCAAUAGCAGCAGCAGCAGGUGGGGGAGCGACAGAAGAGAGACUCGCUGCUCGUGGGAAUGCAAUGCAGCAGCUGUCGCGUGCAGACGGAUCUGCCACAUCCACUAGCAGCUGCUCGCCUGCUGACAACGGCGACACGCACACGCUGGUUCUCCUUGCGGCUCUAGACAUCCUAGAAAGCCUAAUAAUGGCAGCAGGGGACAGUAUUACCCCUGCUGUCUCCUCCGUACUUCAGAACGCACUGGUAUCCGUCUUGACAGCGGCUUCAACUCCCAGCCAGCCACUGCACCCGCAAGCGCAAUGCGUGAUGUGGCCUGCAGUGCAACGCCAAGCGGCUGCCUGCGUGUGGCGUCUCAGUUUGAUCAUGCCCUCUCCCGCCACCCUGCAUUCCCUCCGGCUAAACCUGAUGCAAGCAGCAGUGUCGGCUUCUGCUCCGGCUACUGCUGCUGCUGCGACGGCUGCAGUUGCAGCAGCAGUAGACACGAGCAACGCAGUUGAAACAAACGCAAGACAGAAGCUCAAGCCAUACUUUGGUCCAUGGGGGCCCUGUAUUGGUCUGGCUGCCUCGAUUGCUGGUGCGCCUUCAGUUCUGCAGCAUGCAGCGUCGGCAGCCGCAGGAUCGAAAGCGGCAAGAACUCCUGCAGAAGUUUCAGCUACAACCCCACCAGAAGAAACAUCGGAGGAGAGGGGCCUCGAGGAGAUCACUGAUCUCUGCUGCCGUCUAGCGAGAGGAGAGACAAGCGUGGAGCGAGCAUGCCUCUUUGUGCUUGUUGAGGCUGUGUUGCAACAGCCUGCUGCUAAUGCUAUGGGAGACGUAUCCGCCGAGAAACCGCGCCUUCUAUCUCCUGCAGUCUCCUUGUUCCUUAGGGCCAGCAGGCAGGCUCUGUCUCUUACAGAUCCCAGCAGCAGCAUCAAUCGUCUAUUCUGUGCUGUGGAUGCGGCGGAGACUGCAGCGAGCACGCCAUUGGAAGGAAGCGGUCUGGAAGCGGCAAAGGAUGCUCAAGGAGCAGCAGCAGCAGCGACAGUCAGCAGUUUCCUCUUGGAGCUUUCUUGCGCCUUCAGGGCUUCUGCAGCUUUCUUGCGGCAGCAGCCCGUUGGAGCGGAGACGGUGGUAGCAGAUGGUGAAGACAGCGCUUCCUCCAGAAUUGUGCCGCUGGUCUUAGAGGCGGCUCUUGCGCUCUGCGUCUGCAGCUGCAGCAAAAGCAGCACAAGAGGCACCCAGAUUUCACUCAGUCCUCUCAAAGCCGUGAGUCGUGAAGGAGCUGCAAAGACGCAAAAGCAGGCGCUUUGUCUUCGCUGCUGCUGCGUUCAUGCUUUCCGCAAUGCGACAGCGCACGUGGCUCUCGAGGCAGCAGCGCUGGAGUCUUUGUCUUUCGUGCCCGACAUAAACAUCCAUUGUACCGAGGAGCAGCAGCGGCUUAUGUUGCAACUUGCGCUCUCCGCGACAACUGUCAGCAAUGAGGAGGCCUCCCAGUUUCCAAUUGCGGCAGUUGCCUGCUGCAUCUGCCCGAACGCUGGAGCCGCCGCAGCAGCUCUGCGUGUCGCUCCUCUAGAGCAGCUGCAGCAGCAGCAACUCCUUAUCGAGCAGCUUGUGCAACAGCAACAGCUGCAGCGAGGAUCGGCAGACCCAUCCCUCUUUAUUGGCUGUGACACAGCGGCCGACAGCUUGAGCGGUCCUUCAUUUUGGGAAAGUGUCUGGCGUUGCGUCGUUGAUACUGCCGCUGCAUCCUGCAAUGCCUUGCGUUUGGAUACAGCACAGGCAGGAGGGGUAUCAACAGCCAGCCCUUUAGAAUCGGGUUGGAGGAGUUGUUACCCCCCUUUCGUUCUGCGCGUGCUGCAAGGCGCGCGACUGCUGCGACACUUGACGCAUACUUUUUGUGGCGUGGACGACUCCCCUCCAGCGAUAGCGGCACUUGAGCAGACAGCUUGGGCAGCCUGCUGCAGCUGGAGCAGACAGCUGCCUCGAAACGCUGCUCUCGCGGAUGCUGCUGCGCAUCGGAGGGGUCGUGCCAGCAAGCGAGGUGUAGCUGCUGCUGGAAUUGCGUCUCAAGGCAUUUGUAAGGGCCUUAAGGCCAGUUCCAAGCAGCAGCAGCUGCUGCAGCGCUUCGUUCUCCCGCGGCUCAAGAGGAAAAGCAGCGCUGCUGCAGCUGCCAGUUCUUCAGCCGCUACUGACGAUCCCGCUGAUGAUGCAGCCGUCCACCAGAUCUGUCAACAGAGCUGUAUUGCCGCUGUCCUCUCAGACAUUUUCAACUCCCGAGUAGCCUUUCUUUCAACGCACAACACGCACCAGCCUCGGCGGGAGCCGCUUCCCCUUCCUGUCGUUGACUCCCUAUGGUGUUGCUGCGAAAAGGCCUUAGCAGCUGCGUCUCCCUUCGAGCGUCUCCUCUUCGCUGACGCGGCUGGAGCUCUCUUCAGCCUCUUGAAGCAUGCUGCUCCCGUACAGCGGCGCGAGCACCAACAGGACCAGCUCCAACAGGAGAACGAAGAAGAAGAAACGACGAGGCUGCAUGCUAUACAACGGCAUGUCAGAGCCUUCUUUCUUUCAGUGUCUCCGGCAAGACUGCCUCGAGAUGCGGAGGGAGCGUCACGGAGCAGCGAUGCCACACUACUGAAUCCAGCUCAACUAUGCAGCCUUUCGCUCGUCGCUACAAGUUUGCUGCCGCUGGUGCAGCCGUGUGUCUGCCUGGAUCGCGCAGCAAAAGAGACAGGAUUCGACUCUACCAGCAGUUGCCGCGGAGAUAUCUUACAGUUUGCGCUGACAGCGACAUCCGCCAUAGAAUCAGCAGAGGACUACCUCGCAACGUUUGCGCCUCCGCACCCUACAGCGGCUGCAAGCGUCCCCUUCGGAUGUGCACUUCUUUGCGUCAUUCGCUUCUUAGGGGCCUCUCUACCUGUCGUCGCUGCUCUAGAGUCUGCUCCGGGAAGCAAAGUCAAGACAGAAGAAGAAGAAGGCGCUCCAUCAUCGGACCUCUCCGCUUCGUCCUUGUCGCCUUCUGACAACCAGGAGGAGCAGCUGCCACUGCAACAGCAGCAAAGCGUGCUGCAGCAGCAGCUCUUUAGGGCCAUGCAGUUCUCCCUGCUGCUGCGCGCAUCGCAGUCGUUGUUGACACCUGCCACGGUGCUGAUCGCAGACGCUGCGCGACGUCUGUUGCUGUCUCUGAUGGAGCAGGCGAAUGCAGCAGCAGCAGCUGCUGCUAAGGAACCCGCAGCGCUCACUGCGGCCAUUGAGGGACCUAUAGCUCAUGCGGCUGUCGAGGCCGCUUACCUCGUCUCCGUCUGCAUGCAAGCUGGAGCAAACUGCAGCAGCGGCAGCAGCAGCAGCAGCAGCAGCAUGGCCGUACUGCUACAGCUUGUUUCUGCGCUGCCGGCAAUGCGGUGUGUUGCGGCGUUGCUGCGGAUCCACGAAUCCAGCUUAACAGCGUCAAGUCGAAGCAGCGACAUACUCGCUGCUGCGUCGUUAUCGCUGCGUGCCGUGAUUCCAGCUGUAGUCGCGGCAGUAGAAGCUGCCAUUGCAUGCCCAUCUCUUGCUGUGCGCCGAGAGGCAGUACGCUGUCUUCAAUCUCUGUCAACGCCUCUUGACAAGACAGAGUGGGGUUCAGUUGUUGCUGCUUCUGUGGCUGCUGCUGCAGCGGAUUCUGAAGUGGUUGCAGGCGCCACUGCACCAGUUCCAGGAGAUCCCCAGGUGGCCCUCUUCCUGUUCGAAGCACUGAACUCGGAGCGAGAUUCUCUUCAGCAACAGCAGCUGAAAAUGCUGCUGCUGCAACACGUCAAAUUAUGGGGGGUUCCCAACGUGCUCCAGUGGGUGUCGCUUUUAACGUGCAUCUGCUGCAAUGGUGUUGCCGCGUCUCCCGCCCUCCGAGGCUGUCUGUCGACCCUCACGCCAAACGGAAGCAGCCACAGCAGCAGCAUUCCUCCACGUCUGUUGCCGCGUGCCCAGCAGCUGCUACCGCAGACGAAAGACGCUUUGCUGUCUCCACUUGCUGUGCCUCGUUUGGUUCCACCGCUCAUGGGUUUUUUCUGGCGACCUCUCCCGAGCAUAUCUGCUGCUCCUCCUUCAACCUCAACUGCAGCAGCAGCAGACGGUGACGUUCUGGAAGAAGGCGAGACGUGGCUUCCAGAGGAUGGGGGGGCAGACCCCGAAGUGCGAUCCGUCGUCUGCGCGACAGCCGCAGAAUGCCUUGAGGCCCUUCUAACUCUCCCAGGUGUACAGCCACCUCGAUGCAACAGACAUGCCUCGGCUGCGGUGCGGGAAACUGCAGUUCAGCACGCAGACGAAAUUGACGCUUCGCUCUGCGCUGGUGUUCAGACUCCAGAAUCGUGCAUCGCUGACUGCCUGCCUGCGCUGGUACGAACUGGCUGUGAGCUGAUGCUGCGGGGUGUAAGGCAGCAGCAGCAGCAGCCGUCCAAGCAGACAGCAGAAAGCGGAGCCACACUCGCCUUUUGGGGGCUGAGACUGGUCCUUCUACUGCUGCAACGCUUCGCAUCUACGGCGCAAUCCCCUGCUAUGUUCCGUGACACGCCAAUCCCAGUGCUGCAGCAGUAUGAGGUUGCGAUCUCCUCGACGGUUGCUUCGCUGCUGCGUUGCUUUUCGCCUCUGGAGCCUUCCAUUCUUGCUGCCACAGAAGGGAAGGAAGCAGCUGCAGCAUGUUACUCCCCCCGCCAUCAGCAAGAUCGCAUGAUUGCCAUGGGUGUGGAGGUUUUGUGGAGAUUAGCGGCAAUGGGCUGCUGCCUUAGCCCGUGGCGGCUCGUUGGUCUGCUGCUGCUUCCCCUGGGUGACGAAGCGCAAUCAGCAGCAGCUGUAGUGACAGCAGCAACUGCGAAGCGCCCACCGGAGUGGCUGCUGGAGCGACGUCUGGCCCUUGCAUGCCGUCUGCUAUGUUCUGUCGUGGCUACGCCUACAGCGUGCCCUACCUCAGUUCAGGCUGCACGUCCGAUGCCAGUCUUUGCAGAGCAGCGAGAUCAGUGGCUAAGCGCUUUCGACUCGCGUGCUGUUGCUCUGACGCUUCGCCUUAUGGGAACUCUCCUUCAGAAGAGUUCGCAUCACGCGGAGCAGCAAAAACAGCAAGAGAGUGAGGACGCUUUCUCUAGGGUCGAUCUUUUGCGGUGUUUGGCGGUUCUGUGUGAGCCUCUUCUUCCGGAAAAUACAGCACCUCCCCCCGUUGCGUCUGCCCUUGCAGCUCUUGCAGUCAGCGAAAUGAAUUCUCUUGCAGCUUGUGUAACUAAAGGGGACCAUGUAAGCUUGGCAACCCCCCUAACCCCCGCAGCAUCAACAAACUUGGCACCUGUCACGGCCAUUCGCUCCAACGCCUCUCUCUUAGAUUGUAUCACGGAAGCUUUGCUGCUGCCUCUGGAGAGCGCCGCUGCGUCUGCUGUAUCAACAGCGAACACUUCAGCAGAACGGAAGGAUGAUGCUGCUGCACCAAACAGUCGUCAGGCACCAACCGAGGAACUAUGUUUGGCUCUGGAGGUGAGCAGCCGGCUACUGGGUGUCCAAUUUCCGGUGUCUCGACAGCAGAGCGGCGAAGAACCGAAGGAUGCUCAUCAAAAUCUCCUUACAGGCUCUGGUGAUCCUGGAGAUGCAGAGGAGGAUUGGGAAGGCGACUGGCUUGCGGCAGAUAGCGGUGUUGAUUUUGUUGCUGCUUCGGUUCCUGCUGGGGACGUUUUUGCUUCUUCUUGCCUUGAGCCUGCUGCCACAGAAACCUUGUGUCUUCUUUCCUUGAACCCCUCGACUUUGAGGCGAGGCUGUGCCUCUGCACAAAAGCUCGCAGUAGCAGCAGCGGCUGCCUUUAGAGUAGCACGACAGGCGGAUGGGAGGAAUGGGGGAGUUGCAGUGCCACUGUGGCAACAGGAAAAGUUCGGGGCAGGAGUGGAGAAGCCAAAAGACACGGCAUCCGCAGCGGCUACAGCCGGCAAGGUUCUCUCUAGCUGCCUGUGUUUCAUGUGGCGCUUAGCUGCUGCAUUACAAAGCCACCCAGAGGCACUUGCUGGAGACGAUGCGGCUGCUGCAUUCUUUGGAGCAGCACGGGAAGUCUCACGGGCUGCCCUUUCCGUCUGUGGAGACGUUGCAGGAGAAGCCUGGCGAGCAGUGGCACUUGGAGGCAAGGCAGCACAGCGAGACAUGAACCCCCCCCCCCCUAGCGGCAUGUGUGAGGCUGCGCUGGCCUUGCUGCAGCGGUGCUUCUGUGUGGUUCCUCGAUUCCCUGUUGCUUGCGCAGCAGCUUCUGCAGUGUCUAUGCUGCUCACUGAUUUGGAGACAGCUCUAUUUCCCGCCUGCCUGUGCGAGGGACCAGUCAGUGGCCUCUCUCCGGUAGAUGCUGUGAAGCUGCUCCGUUCCUUGUAUGACUCGGCAGCCCAGGCAGCUGCAGCUACUGCUGCGGUAACAAUAGGCGAGCACUGCUGUCCGCAAGACGAUAGCGCCCCCUUCUUGAAUCAUUGCGCAAGUACACUGGAGAUCGCGGUAUCUUGUUUUGUGGGAGACUUGGCUGCUCCUGCAGGAAGUGAGCCGACAGUGGAGGCAAAAGGAAGGCGUCUUGCGGUUGCCUCUGUACGGGCAAGAGAAGCACGGGGUGUUCUUGCGCUUGCCGCUGCACUCGUUGCUUUGGAGUCUCUGGCUGCCACGGGUUGCCCCUGGCUCAACAACAGCAGGCAGCAGCAGCAGCAGCAGAAGCCUGCAUGGUGCGAGAGAAUUCGAAGUGCCCUAGAAAGGCUUAGCGAAUUUGCAUACUCACUUGAGGCAGACUCAAGGGUGUUUGCAUUUCAAAGCUUUGUAUCUACCGCAACAAGAGACUCCGAACGAGCUGCUUCAACACCCGCGUGCAACCAGAAGAGAGCCGAAGCAGCACUAGAGCCGCGUGCCACUCUGUCUGUAAAAGAACCAACCGAAGGUAAAGGUUUGCAUGCGAAGCCCACGGAAAAGCCGACAGAUGCCCCGCUAGCAGCAGGAAGAAAUGACGCUCCGGGAGCAGUCUGUCCCUCAAGACAGACAGCAGCACCCUUUGGAGACGCUGGAGGCUUUUUUACUGCGUCUGCCACCGAUGAAGACGGAUACAGACACUAUGUUAUUGCCAAUGUAGCUUCAUAUGACUGUACAGGGAAAACUGCGUAUGAUGUUGUGGCUGCAAAUCUAUUGUAUGUUGCCGUGUCUCGACACCCAGCAGUCUGUGCUAGGGCUAUUGAAGCAGCAGCAGCUCUGCCGUUUGAGGAGCAGCCGCUAUGGGUUGAUUCGCUGUCUAAUGAACCAGCUCAGGAUGGAGAUGCGGCACACGCUGCAGCUGCCACUCGCACACAGCAUGUCAAGUCAGCUGUAGCAUGUUUGCUUCAGCAACAGGCGAAAAGGCAGGAAGGCACAGAGCACUAA